AUGUGGAGGUUUGUGCAGAGGAGAAUGUGGCACGGUGGCCGUGUGCUGGGACAGACCGCUCAGGGCCCCGCGGUGAAGUCGUCCUGCCUCGCUGGGACACCGCUGAAACUUGAUAUCCGCAAAGACGGGAGGGACCCGGUUGCGAUGCGCGACGAGGAGUACCCUGAAUGGCUGUGGCAUGUUCUUGAGCCCGCUACUGGGGGUGAUGCCUCGGCGCGGGCAGACCCGCUCGCUGCGAGGAGGAAAGAGCUGAGAAGGAAGCACAGAAACGAGAUUAAGCAGAGCAACUAUCUCAGCCAGCUAUGA